AGUUAAGACACACACACCCACACUAACAGGCACACAGACAUACACAUACAGGCAGGCGCGCACAGCACACGUCGUGCCUACAGCAGAGCAACUUUGUGCACUGGAGGUUCACGGAGACACAAACUGGUCUGCAUAUACAGAUACAUAUCUAGUGUUUUAAGAGGACAGGAGGACAGCGUGGAAGUGAGGGACAGACAGGAGCAGGAGCAAGCAUCUAAAUGGCCAACAUUGUGACGUCGGUGUGCUACGUGGUGCUCGCAGCUGUGGUGGUGGUGUAUGCCCAGCGACGUGGCCAGCAAGGAGGCAGGAUUCAGUAUGGGAGGAUCGACAGCAAUGUGACAAUGCAGUGUGGCUCUCUGGACAAUGAUGCCUCAGUGACGUGGAAGGUGAACGGGACAGAUGUGAAGGCCAAGCGGAGGGAGGAAGGGCCACGACUUAUCCUCUUGGAGGUGGACAUGAGUAGCAACGGCCUUUACAGCUGUUUCCAGAAUCCUGACGGCCAAAGGCGAGACCAGAUCACGUUUCGCAUCGGACUUCCUCCGAGGGAACCGCAGGUGACGUGUCGAUCAAACACGUACCCCAAGGGCUUCUACUGCAGUUGGCACCUCUUGCAUCCCACAUACAUCCCUACUGAAUUUGAAGUCGACGUCCAACACAACCAGAAGUCUCUAGAAGUGAAGAGGGACGACAUCCAUAAGAACAGAUGCCAUGUGAAGUUUCCUGAGCUCUUCUCUAGUUAUCCUUACCAAGUCAACGUCACAGCAAUCAACGAGCUCGGGAGAGCAUCCACGGCAAUCAGCUUCGAGGAGUCAAACAUGGUGAAACCAGAUCCUCCAGAGAAGGUGGUGGCCAGACCCAUUCCUAACAACGCACGCAGGCUUGAGGUGACCUGGAACAGCCCAUCCACAUGGCCAGAUAUCGAGUCCUUCCCUCUGAAGUACUUCCUGCGUUAUCGUCCGCUGAUCAGAGACCAGUGGCAGCAUGUGGAGCUCUCAGACAGCACCUCCCACACCAUCACAGACGCUUACGUGGGGAAGGAGUACAUCAUCCAGGUGGCUGCUAAGGACAUGGAGAUCGGCACAUGGAGCGACUGGAGCGUGGCUGUGCAUGCAACACCCUGGACAGAGGAACCCAAACCUAUCACUUCCACCACGGAGGUAGACUUGCCCAUAGAGACCACUCCAUCUGCUGCCCCACCAUCACCUAGACCCAGAGUGGGUGUCGCUACAGGAGGUUGCAGUGCCCUCCUCUGCUCAUCCCAUAUCCUCCUGGCGUGUGUCCUGCUGUCCAUGAUGUGAUGCUUAUAAUUCAUUCCUGUGGAAAGUCUUCUAGUUCUAUUUUGCACAUCUAAAUGGAUUUCGUGCAUUGAUAAUUUAAUUCAAGUUUUUUUUCUCUCACAAAAAGAAAAAAAUAGUAAGAUUAAUAAAUGAUGACAUUAAGAAUGGAAGGGGAAAAAGAACUGAAAUGCAUCAUGGGCAGCGUGGCUGAAGGUGGAGUGAGCGCAGACACGGUACUCUGAACCCCAGGGAAGCUAAACAUAUGGGGUCACAUGAGUCAACAGGCUUCUGUCUCACAGCAGCACAACAAUGAAAAUGAAAAACAAACAGAGCAUCCUUCCUUCUUUCCCCUUUGACUUUUUUUUUUAACAAAUCAGAGCCUUUUUUGAUGUUUUGCACACACUGGAGACAGUGGUACAAGCUCAACCUUUGUGUGUCAUGAAAUUCAGCAGCAUACAGCUAACUGGUCAUGCCAAAGACGUGGAGAUUUCUCUUUCCCACGAUCCUUAGCUUCCCCAAGCCUGUGUCUCUGAGAGGGACUGGAAGCUGCGGCGCUCAAUCUCCAUCCAGCAAACUGGAGCUUCAUAGACUGAGGACUAACAAACUUAGAAUGAAGGUCAUCAUUUUGAUUAAUUUUCUCUUUACAGCAUUUAGCUUUCUUUCUUUCUUUCUUUCUUUUUUCUUUCUUUUUAAAAUUUUUCUUUAUUGUAAUUGGCCCUUGAUAAUGAGAGGCUGAAAGACAGACGCUUACACACACACACACACACACACACACACACACACACACACACACACACACACACACACACACACACAAUAAAAACAGUGU